CUAACAAAAGCCAGAGGCGAGCAGGCAUGGAGGAGCAGGCUGCACCAGUCCAGGGAGGCUAAUUGAACUUGCAGAGAUCCCAAUCAGCGCACAUUGCAGGGAUCGCAGCCCCUCCAUAGGGAUCACACCUCCUCCAUAGGGAUCACACCUCCCAGCAGGAUCCCUGGUGUGGGCAUCCACAAUGUUCUCCAUGAAACAAGCCAAACCUACCUUCAGAUCGUACCUUCUGCCUCCACAGCAUGAAGAUAAACUCAGCCCGGAGACCAAGAUUAAGAAGCUGAAGGCAAUCUUGCUGCCAGGUAAGAGGGAGAAGUGUGUGGGGCGCGGGGACCAUUGUCCAUAGUCUGUCCCUGUCGCUGGGUCCCGUCUGUAGAUUACUCUUCAU